GAAGUGGCACUCAAAUUGGAGCUGCAUGAUGACAAAGACAAGCAAAAAUUCGUUAGGAUACUCUUUGGCCUCUCAGGGGUUGAUACGAUUGGCCUGGACAGCGAGGAGAAAAAAUUGAAAGCAACAAGAGACAUGGAUCAUGAAUAUUCUCCUCCUAUACCGACAAAUUAUGCAAGAGUUGUGGCAAUCAAACCAACUAAUAAUUGUGUUAUUUUCUAA